UCUUUUAUAAAAAAAAUAAUAAUAAUCAUCCUCCGCUCCGCGACGCUCGCGCCCACGGGGAAGCCAAACCCAGCCACUUUCCCCGUCUCCUUCCUCCCCUACUCCGGCGCCCUCCCCUCCUUAUCCAUCCGCACCCACCUCCUCCAUCCUGCUAUAAACCAACCCCAAGAUUUGUCACCCUCCGGUAGGUAGUACCACUCCAAUCCCAAUCCAAGCCUGAAUCCUCUUUUGAUGUGAUGGCAGUGGAGCGCGGCGAGCGCCGUGGCGGCGGCAUUGGGUGCCUCUCCUGCUGCUUCGGCGGCGGGGACGGGGACGGGGAAGGAGAGGAGCUGGGGCAGCGCGCGGCGAGGGCGCUGCGGACGUCGUCGCGGUGGGUGCGGGACCGCGCCGUGGAGCUGCCGGAGAUGGUGGCGCUGGCCGGGGGGCGGCGGAGGAAGCCGCAUCUGCAGCAUCAUCAGCAGCAGCAGCUGGCCGGGGAGUUCCGCUACGACCCCGUCAGCUACGCGCUCAACUUCGAGGAGGACGGCGACGGCGAGGCCCAGCCGUUCAAGUACAUGGCCUUCUCCGCGCGGCUGCCGGCGUCCCCGCCGCCGCCGCCGCCGCCGACGGCGCUGCCCGUCGACCGGGGUUCUUGAAUUGAUUGUUAGGCCGUUCGGAUGUACAUACGUACGGGAGAUUAAAGUUUGGGUUUCUUUCUCUUUUUUUUUUGUUGUUUGAUUCCUUCGAUUUUUGUUGGCGACUACGAGCGCUGAUAUGUGUACAGGAGGAUUUGAAUCGUUUCUUCUUUUGGUUUUUUUAAGCAGAGAUUUCCUUUUCUAUUACAAGUUAUCUUGGCUCUGAAGAACGUUGUUUUUUUGUUUUAGUGCUAGUAUAUGCUUCUGAGAAGAAUGUUGUUUAUUGGGGUAGCAAAAUCUCAAGCCAUUGCCUUGUUCUUUGAAAAUACUAAGUUAUCCAUGUGUUAUAUUGCCAGCACCUGGACCAAUAGAUUCGGUAGAUUCAUAUUUAAAA